UUGAACUAGACCGCUUUUAUCCCACCUUUUCGGUCUUUUUAUCCCGCUAUAUAAGUCUGUUUUGGCGCCUCCGCCACUCACUCUGUGUCCGGUGUGUCUUGUGUCCCUCACGUGAAUAGCGAAAUGGCUUACCUGAAGCAGUCCCUGAGCCUAGUGCUCCUCCUCGCCGCCGCAUGCGUGGCCCAGCAGCAGCAAUCCGCCCAACAAUCGUCCCAAGUGAAGCUUGAGGACAUCGAGCAAGAAUCGAACCAGCGACCACAAGCACAGAGCGCCCAGGGAUCCCCGAGUCCUGCCCAAGUGCCCCAGCUGAGCCCCCAACAGAUCGCCGCCUUCCAACAACAGUACCUCGUCCAGCCCCAACAGUACUUUGCCCCCCAGUUCACGUUCCCUGAGUUCCAGGGCGUGCCCCUCCACUACGUCCCCGCCGGCGCUGCAGGCGCUAACCAACCCAACGUACCCCCCUUCCAGGCUUACUACGUACCCCAGGCCCAGUACCCCCAGGCCCAAUACCCCCAACACGUAGUCCCCGUCGUUCCCCAGGGACAGGAAGCCUUCCGCGGUCCCUUCACCCAGCACUUCAUCCAGCACCCUGCCCCCCAACAAGCCGCCCAAGGUGCUCCUCAGGGCGUUCCUCAGGGACAGCGCACGGUCUCAGUCAUCCCCCCGAACAACGCAGUCUACCGCACCAUCCAGCCACCCUUCGGCGCUAACCUCAUCUACACCAACCCACCUGCCCUUCCCCCUCAGAUCAUCUUCACGCAACCUCAGCCUCAGGCCAACUACGCAGUGAACGCCUUCCAGCAGAGACCCAGCAAGGCUCAGUACUCGUCCGGGGUGAAAUCCACUCCAGCAACCCCAACGAAGUCGCCUGACUACUCGAACUACGCUCAGACUUCCUCUGCGGCCGCUUCGUCCUCCGCUGCUUCGACCAGCGCCAACGACCAGCAAUACCGAUUCUCAGGUUAGGUCUCUUCCUCAAACCAAAGAACAGCACUACUAUUUAUUGAGUGUCAGUGAUGUCACGCAACUUUCGUUGGUCGAGGCUGGAAAUGAUCGAGUUCAUUUUCAAAAUAGCAACACGGUAUUUGAAAAGUUUAAACAUCAGUACUGAAACGUUUUUCUCAAAAUUACAACGUCAGUAUUCUCAGCUAUCGAAAAACGACUCUGCAGCUGUUUCUUUUCAGUCGUUUGCAAAAUUUGUUAGAUUCAGCUAAAUAAACGUGUUACGUGUAUGAACAGUUCAAACAUUGAAAUAUCCGUGCAAUACAAUUUAGAUGUCAUGACACUAGCGUCAUUGCGGAAAGAUCCUAGUUUUAAUAACAAUGGAAUAAUGCCAUUCAAUUAAAGUUUACGAUUAGCUCAAAAUAUCUGUUCGUAACAGAAAAUAGGUUCAAAAUUCUCUAGGAACAACCUCGACAUAAAAGUUUCAUCCUGGAAUUUCAAUCCGGUGUGAAUUUCAUAUCAUUGUAACGAGUUUCUUCGAAAAAAACUUGAUGACUGAUCGCUAAGUAUUGAUUUUUCUCUCGCAGAGAGAGAAAAGGCUCACUGCCAUAUUAAUGAUAAUUAUUUAUAACUAUGAUAUUUUGUUGUACAUAUUUAGAUUCGAAUAGGCUUUUGCCGACUUCUCUUACUAGAUGUAAAUAAGGUUUCACUCCACCAGAUGAUGAAGCUAGCAGUCCUCAUUUCAGUAAAGUACCUUCAAUGGUUCAGCUUUAUUUGUAAAAUACGAGGUAAUGCGUUAUCUAUUAUCCUUCAGUCUAUGAACAACUGAAGUGAAAGUUGCCCUGAAAGCUGAACCAUUCGAAAGAAAAAUCCAAAAACUGCUUCUCAAGGAACGUUUUUAUAAUUACCUACCGAAAUCUUCUGGAUCCCUUCUUAAAGCAACCUAAAUUAUUCAGAUUUUUUACCAUGUUUUUCAUCUCAGUUACCUGAUGGUUAUUCAUGAUUUCAACUUUCUGAAUAACAGCUAGUCCUUUGAUAUAUUU